AUGGCCGUGAACCUCCCCUUCCUGAGGCUCGUCUCGCUCACGCCUGUCCUGUUGUUGGCCUUGGCAGUUGCCUUACAAGCCUUAGGGCGUGCUACGCCACCCAGAGACUCUUCGACGGCGGCGACUCCAUCUGAGUUGAACCUAGCGGCUUUGGCAGCUCGCAAGCUAUACUUUGGAACGGCAACCAACAACGUUGAGCUCAACGACACGGCAUACUUCGAGAUACUCGACGACUUCAAGAUGUUCGGCCAGAUUACCCCUGCGAAAGGCAUGAAAUGGAUGGAGACAGAACCGGAGAGGGGUAUCUACACCUUUGCGCAGGCCGACCAGAUCGCGCAGCUUGCUAAGCAGGGCGGGAAGCUCCUCAGAGGACACAACUGCGUAUGGUAUAAUGCGCUCCCCGGCUGGGUCACGAACACCACGUGGACAGCCCCCGAGUUGGCCGAGGUCGUGCAGGAGCAUUGCUUCAACAUCGUUCGUCACUGGGAAGGUCAAGCCUGGGACGUCAUCAAUGAGCCUUUCAACGAUGACGGAACGUGGCGCGAGACCAUGUGGUUCAAUACCCUCAACACGACGUACAUUCCGCUCGCGUUGCACGCUGCGCGCGUCGCAGAUCCGCACACGAAGCUGUACAUCAACGAGUACAACAUCACCGGCACAGGCCCGAAAGCGACGUCCAUGAAGAACCUCAUCAAAGACUUGAAGCGGGCUGGAGUCCCUGUCCACGGCGUUGGGGUUCAAGCACACGAGACCGUCGGAGAAGUGCCAACCGAUAUUCGCAAGAACCUCGAGGAGCUGGUCGCGCUUGGUAUCGAGGUCGCAAUCACGGAACUCGACGUCAAGUUCAACACGCUCCCUCCCAAUGCAGCGGGACUCGAACAGCAGAGGCGGGAUUAUGAGGCGAUCGUGGCUGCGUGUGCGGAAGUAAAGGGAUGCGUGGGAGUGACGGUUUGGGACUUCACGGACAAGGCGAGUUACUCGUGGAUCCCUGGGACCUUCCCUGGUACCGGCGAUGCUUGUCCUUGGGAUGAUGACUUGAACAAAAAGCCGGCGUACUAUGGCAUUUUGGACGGGUUUGGGAUCGCUCGUUAG